AGUAGCAGAAAGCCACAUCGUACAAUAACAUUUUAUUCGAAGUGACAAAUGAGCAGCUAACUAAUACUAUUGUGCGAUAAUCAGAAAUUUAUCCACAAUCCAACAACAGCCUCAAAACGAUAUAAACUUGAGUUGUUAUCUAUGGUAUCAGGUUAUGUUGUUUUGUUGUGCAACUUGACUGUGCGCUGCGCAACCGCAACCCCAGCCCCGCCAAACUUUUUCAUCCUUUCUUCUCCUCAAGGGGCAAAGGCAAAGGUGCUCGGCUCAUCUUCGACGUUGUGUUGUUAAAAGCUAUAUACAUUUUGAAUUUCUGUGUUGUCAUUUACGCUUUGUCGCGCCAUCGACAAUGACUCAAAAUGAGAAGACAUAUUUCCUUCGUUACGUGCGUUACGUGUUCGUCGUCUGAUUCUGAAAUACGACAGUCCGAAAGAGCGUUCGCGGGAAAGAGGAGCAGCCUAACCUUGUUCCGGAACCAAUUUGGUAUAAACAAAUAUUGUUCCUGGAAUUUGGGUACCUGUCAGCUUAAUUGCUAUAAAGUGACCCAUUCAUUGACUAUUCAAAUUCACUAUUCUCGUUCGUAAAGCCAUCGCCUUUCAUGAUGUCAAAACAACAACCCAAGAAGGACAACGCCGUACCGGUCGUUAGCACCAGGACCCGGAGCACCUCCGCGUCCAGGACGACAAGGAAGAAUAAGCGCGAGGCAACGAGCGCGUCAACAGCAGCACCCGAAGCACCUCCCGCACCUCGCGACCCCAAGUCAGGCGUCACCCGCUCCACCGAGCCCGUCCUCCAGGACGACGAAGACGACGUUAUCUUCUGUGAUGACUGCCAGAAGGACUGGCCGGGAGAUUGCCCGGAACACGGGCCCCUGCUGGUGAUCGCGGACACCGAGGUCGCCGUCGGCCGCCCCGACCGUGCGCUGCUCACGGUGCCGCCCCAGCUCGUCGUGCUGGUCAGCAAGAUCCCCGGCGCGGGGCUGGGAGUCUGGACGCGACAGGCCGUACCCAGGAGGGUGCGCUUCGGGCCGUACGAGGGCGACACGGUGCCGGCCGACCAGGAGACGGGCUACGGCUGGGAGAUUUACCGCGCCGGUAAGCCGACCCACUGUGUGGACGCGCUGGACGUGACCUCCUCCAACUGGUUGAGGUUCGUGAACUGCGCGCGGCACUCGGGGGAGCAGAACCUCUUCCCGUAUCAGUACAAGGGCAAACUGUACUACCGGACGACGCACGACAUCCCGGCGAACACGGAGCUGCUCGUGUGGUACGGGGACUCCUACGCGAAAGACCUCGGCGUCGACCCCGAGGCCUACGAGGACCCCGCGCAGCUCGACCAACGGGCCCUAACCGGCACCUUCCCCUGCGAGCGCUGCAACCUGUGCUUCGUUAGCCCCCUGCUCCUAGCGCAGCACCACCGCUGCGGGGCGUGUUCAGCCGAGAUCAGGCGGCGCCGCGCCUGUGCAGCCCCUAGUGGUGCCGUUGGCGGCGAGCUCGGCGACGGCGCUGCCGUGGCGUCUGGAGGAGGGGACCAGGGCGCCGCGGUCCCGGACAAGCCGCACCGCUGUGAGACCUGCGGGGCGGCCUUCAAGAGAGAAGAUGACCUCCAAAGACACAUUCGGACGCACUCAGGUAAAAAGCCUCACUCCUGUCCGACCUGCGGCGCUGGCUUCGCUCAAAGAGGCAAUCUCCUCACACAUAUGAUAAUUCACACUGGUGAAAAGCCUUACGGCUGUCAGACUUGCGGCGCUGCCUUCGUCCAAAGUGGCAAUCUCCUCAAACAUAUGAGGACACACACUGGUGACAGGCCUCACACUUGUCAGACUUGCGGCGCUGCUUUCGCUGAAAGUGGUCAUCUAAGGAAGCAUAUGAGGACACACACUGGUGAAAAACCUUAUAGCUGUCAGACCUGCGGCGCUAGCUUCGCUGAAAGUGGUCAUCUAAGGAAGCAUAUGAGGACACACACUAGUGAAAAGCCUUACAGCUGUCAGACCUGUGGCGCUGGCUUUUCUCAAAGUGGCAAUCUCCGCAAGCAUAUGAGGACACACACUGGUGAAAAACCUUAUAGCUGUCAGACCUGCAGCGCUAGCUUCGCUGCAAGUGGUCAUCUCAGGCAGCAUAUGAGGACACACACUGGUGAGAAACCUUAUUGCUGUCAGACCUGCAACGCUAGCUUCGCUGACAGUAGUUAUCUAAGGAGGCAUAUGAGGGCACACACUGGUGAGAAACCUUACAGCUGUCAGACCUGUGGCGCUGGCUUCUCUCAAAGUUGCAAUCUCCGCAAGCAUAUGAGGACACACACUAGCGAAAGGCCUAACGCCUGUCAGACUUGCGGCGCUGCUUUCGCACAAAGUGGCAAUCUUCGCAAGCAUAUGAGGACACACACUGGUAAAAAACCUUACGGCUGUAAGACCUGCGGCGCUAGCUUCGCUGAAAGUGGUGAUCUAAGGAGGCAUGUGAGGACACACACUGGUGAAAAGCCUUACACAUGUGAGACUUGCGGCGCUGCUUUCGCACAAAGUGGCAAUCUUCGCAAGCAUAUGAGGACACACACUGGUGAAAAACCUUACGUCUGUCAGACCUGCAGCGCUAGCUUCGCUGAAAGUGGUCAUCUAAGGAAUCAUAUGAGGACACACACUGGUAAAAAAUCCAUUUAAAAUCUGUUGUGAGGUAUGUAGUGCUAAAUUUCCUAGCUGUUCGCCUAUCCAAAAAUUGUGGAGUUUAAAGGAAAACUGUUAUUCUCAUGUGUUGCACUAUUUGCUGUCCCUGUAUUUUUUUUUUUUUCAUAUUAUUCAACCAAGUAUCAAAUUAUGUAAAUAAGAAGUGUUUUUUUCUUUAUCGAAAUAACUUAUUGUUACUUUGUGAGCACAUGCUUAAAGUUUAUUUUAUUGUGAAUAAACGGUUAUACAUUAAAAUUCUUCCAAA